AUGGCUCAGCCUUCAGAUGAGGCGGCGGCUCCGCCAGAUGCAUUGCCGACAACCGGCCCUGAGGCGCCGUCUCCACCGGUACCUCCGUCUCCAGCGGCACAGCCGUCUCCACCAGCACCACGGGCACCACCGUCACCGCCUCCGGCACCGGUCGAGAAUCUCGAUGAGAAUCUCGACGAUCUCGUCCUCGCUGAUCCGCCGCCCCUUGACCCCGUCUGGCUCCAACACGAGCGGGACCAGAACCUGCCCAAUCCCAGUCCCGUCAUCUCGCCUCUCGAACGCCAGCCCUUGUAUGCUGUCGAGUGCCGUGAGCUCACCGCACGCAUGACGGCGCCGGGCGCCCGUGACAGCCACCUGGCUGAUGGUAUUCGUGUCCAGCCGUUGACGGUGACGUCCUCCCUCGACGGCACCGAGAUUCCUCUGCUGGCUUACUCCCUCCUACAAGAGGGAGACCAAAAAUUGGAAGACCAAAAAAUGGAAGACCAGCAAAUGGAAGACCAACCAGAGGGAGACCAACCAAAGGGAGACUCGAAAGGCACGACCACGGACACGACCACAGACACCACCGCACACAGCGACAGCCCCGACUAUGCCGUGCUGUACAUUCACGGCGGCGGACUGCACAUUGGCGAGGCCGACAGCGAGGAGCUCUCGUGCCGGCGCAUUCUCAAGGAUGCACGCCUGCCGGCUGUGAAGCAAGACGGGGCGGCCCCAAAGACACCAAAGACACCAACCCUCGUCGUGUACUCCGUCGGCUACCGCAUCAUGCCCCAGCACCCGGCCAGCACGUGUGUCGCCGAUUGCAUCGACGCCUACCGCCACGUCCGUGCGGCCCACCCGGACGCGGCGGCGACAAAGCUGCUGGUCGUCGGCAGCUCCAGCGGCGGCGAGCUGGCCGCGUUUGUCGCCCAAGAGGCGGCCAAGGCCAGCAUGCAGGUGUCGGCCACGACCAACCGCGCGACCAGCGACAUUGCCGGCGUCGUCCUCCGCUGCCCCGUCACCAGCGACGCCUUCAACGGCGAGGACUACAUCCCGCCCGUCCUCCGCCCGCUGCACACCUCCGCCGCCAACCCGGCCUUUGCCACCACCCUGCUCCGCCGCAUGAGCCGCCGCAUCCCCCGCGACGACCUGCCCUACAUGCCCCUCGAGGCCCCUACCGAGCUCUUGGCCGCCCAGCCGCGCCACUGGAUCCAGGUCUGCACCAACGACAUGCUCUACUCGGACGGCGUGUGCUACGCCAAGGCGCUGCAGAUGGCCGGCGCGGCGGGUGUCAAGGUGGACGUGGUCGUCGGCUGGCCGCACACCUUCUGGCUCAAGACGCCGUGGAUGGACCGCGCCCUCGAGGCCGACAAGGCCAUGCUGCGCGGUCUGGCCUGGGUGGCAGGCGGGCCGUACACUGCGGAGGAGAGUGAGUGA